AUGUCCCCCUCUCUAUGCAGUAUUCCGCUCGAGCUAGUGGACGAAAUAUGCGGACAACUUGCACCACAAAUGGAUGACCAACUGCUCGACGUCGUGAACUACGAGCGGAAUCGCCCUGCGAGGACUGCUCUGGCAAGGUGUGCACGGGUGUGUCGCAUACUCCACAUGCCGGCUGUGAGGGUUCUUUGGAGACAGCAGGAGCUGAGCACUAUGUGCGAGGCUGUCUUACGGAACUUCAGUCUCGGCUCUGUCAAGUGGCCCACGAAUGAAGAAGAAUAUAGGGAAGGACAUGGAGCGGACGACGAGGCUAACGAGGAUAUGGCAGUAGGCAUUGAUCCACAUACCUACCCAUAUAACUACAAAUACGUCCCAGGCCCCAUUUCUGCGGAGGAAUGGGCACGAUUCAAGCACUAUGCGCCUUUCGUACGCGUCCUCCGCUACGGAACAGGGGUUACCAUAGAACCAUCCAUUUUCCUUUUCCUUCAGCAGCAUGCCCAUGGCCAGCCGCUCUUCCCAAAUCUGCGCGAACUCAUAUGGGAGCAUGCCACGCCCGAGAUAAUAUCGAUGACUUCCCCGUCAAUUCGUGUCCUGUGCCUUCCCGAAGAUGAGUAUAUGAGGGAGAACGGCUGGCAGACGUCUGAAUACGGUUAUCGCAUGCGGCGCCAUGCUUUCAAGCAAAUGCUUCCUGCCGUGCUACAGGCCCUCCCAAACCUCGAAGAGCUCGAGCUCCGAAGAUUGGCGCACGAAGCAUUCUGGUAUCCGUUGUGGCGGUCGGUGCCUAGCGGCCGUUUCAUCAGCCAGACAAUUCGGACCCUCUGCAUCUCUGAGUCUCAUCGUGUUCUCACCCGGGCCGCUCUGGCUGCGAUAUCGACCAUCCGUGGCCUUACUGCGCUCGUGAUUGAUCUGGUCGAGUCUGGCGGUACGCACAACCCUCAGGCGGACAACGACGUGGACGUUCCGCCCAUUCGUCCCUUUGAGGGUCUGAAGAGCCUCUUCCUCAAAGGAACGACGGCGGAGGUGGCGGCGCUCACCGACGCGAUAGUUGCGCCCGGACUGGAGGGCAUGGAGAUAUGGUAUAAGGAGUCUCUGGAGGAAAUGGGUAACGAUGUACUGGCGAUCGCGCUCCACGCGACCUUCGACACGCUGCGUCGCCGGUAUGCUGGGUCUCUACGGAGGCUUGCUCUGAUCGACGUCAGUUCCUCUCCACCUCUGUUUGCCAGCGGGACAGCAGCUGCUACACCUUUCCACGCGGUGGCUUCUCCGCUGCUCGCACUCCAACGUCUCCAGCACGUCGUGAUCCGGGAGGAGUACUGCAGCGAUCAUAUCAGUGUUCCUGACUUGGUAGCAGCAUGGCCCACGGUACGAUCGCUCGACUUGCCAAAUCAUUCUCUUACCCUCGACUCGCUGCGUGACAUCGCGCGUACAUGUCCUCAGCUCGAGUGUCUAGCAGCGUUGGAACUACUAGGGGGCGAGGAGGGGCGUGACACACUCUCCCAGGCCACCCGACAGCGCAUUUCAAGUUCUGACGCGGACAGUGCCCCGGAUUCGGAGGCGACAGGGUGCGCGCUUCGAGAGCUGCUCGUCGGCGAUCCGCUCUACAUCGAGCACCGGUCUGACAUCCAUCUCAUCGCUCGCUUUCUGGACUCGCUUUUCCCUCAACUUGACAUUGGGCGCUGUUCGCGGUUCGUCGUCUAUGACGGCUCAAGGGAUGAAGUCAUGAAGCAAAUGAUGAAGUUGCAGCUCGCACGACGGAACCGCGCACAGAGUUCGUCUGGCCAUGGUGGCUGA